AUGUCCGCCCCGGGCCCCGAAUCCAUCCCCACCUCCGCCGACCCCCGCUCCAAGCGGCCGGUCAAGAAGCAGCGCGCCGCCAACACGCCCACCGCCGCGCAAGCCGCCUCCCUGGAAGCCCUCUUCGCCAAACCAGACCAGCAGAUCCGCGUCCCCGACGCCUCAUCGUCCUCGGCCCUCGCCCGCCGCGCCGCGCACGCCGCCGCCUCCAUCCCGGAGAUCGUCACCAACGUGCAGGGGUCCAGCGCCGGCGCCGGAUCGGGCGAGUUCCACGUCUACAAGGCGAGCCGGCGGCGCGAGUACGAGCGCCUGCGCGUCAUGGACGAUGAGCUCCGCCGCGAGCAGGAGGCCGAGGCCUUCGAGGCCAGCCGCAAGGAGAAGGCCGCACGGGACGACGAGAAGACGCGCAAGAACCGCGAGAAGCGCGAGAAGAUGAAGGCCCGCAAGGCCAAGGCCAAAGUCGCCGGGGGUGGCAAGAACGGCGACGGCGGUACGGCGGCGGGCGCCACCGGAAGUACAAGUAACAACCAAGCCUCUGCCAACGGGAACGGGACGAGUAAGGGAAACAGCACAGCGACGGGCGGGCAGUCAACAGCGGCAGAAAGCAAAGGCUCCAAGGAGAGCCAGGAAGGCGGCGAUACAGGGUCCCAGGCAGCGCCGACCAGCGGCAUUGUUAUCCACGACGAUGAUUGA